UUGGACAAAAGACAUUCCUCCAUAUGUAGAGGAAACGAACAUAAGGCUGCUGAGAGUUCAUCAACCAGCAGCACACUGGUCACCAGAUCUCAGAACCUCCGAAAGCUCUGUAAUCUCCACUCCUUGCUCUGUUCUGCUAAGAUGCGAACAGCGUGGUGGUAUCUCAUUCUUUCCUUGUUCCAGUUCUCCUCCCUGACAACCUCAGCUUUUGUUGGCAUCGGUGGUGGCGUUGGUGUCUGGAUCAAUGGAAGAGGCACCAGCAUCACCACUGCCACCGCCCAAGCACCACCAUCCGAUCCCUCAGGUGCCGCCUCCAGCAGUGAGUACCCAGCUCUUCAAGCUUGGAAGUCUGCCAUGACGGAGGAUCCUAAUGGAAUUCUGGCCUCCUGGGUUGGCCCUAAUGUGUGCUCAUACAAAGGUGUCUUCUGCUCAGAGCCACCAGAGGACAGCUCCUCCUCGCCCUCUGUGGUCUCAGGCAUAGACCUCAACCGUGCCAACCUCAAGGGCUCACUGGUGAAGGAGCUCUCUUUGCUCAUCCACCUAUCCUUCCUCCACCUGAACAGCAACAGGUUCUCAGGUGCAGUCCCAGACUCCUUCAGAGAGCUGCAGUACCUGACCGAGCUGGACCUCAGCAGCAACCAGUUCUCCGGCCCCUUCCCCACCUCCACACUCCUCAUCCCCAACCUCGUCUACCUUGACCUCAGGUUCAACAGCUUCUCCGGUGAACUUCCCGAUGAGCUCUUCGAGAGGGACUUGGAUGCCAUCUUCCUCAACAACAACCAGUUCGAAGGCCAGAUCCCCAUGAACCUCUGGGCCUCCUCUGCCUCUGUGAUCACCCUGGCCAGCAACAAGUUCUCCGGCUCCAUUCCGGCCAACUUCGGCUACACGGGCUCCGGCAUUAGGGAGGUCCUCUUCCUCAACAACAAGCUCACAGGUUGCAUCCCGCAGGGGGUAGGUUUGCUCAACGACAUUGAAGUCCUGGACUUGAGCUUCAAUUCACUCACAGGCCGUGUUCCGAGCUCCUUGUCAUGCCUAUCCGACAUCGAGGUCCUCAACGUAGCACACAACCAGCUCUCAGGGGAGCUCCCAGACCUGGUCUGCGACCUGAAGAGCCUGCUCAACCUUUCUCUAUCCUUCAACUUCUUCUCUGGGUUCAGCCAGGACUGUGACAAGCUGUCCUUCAGGAAUGUGGGGUUUGAUUUCUCCGGGAACUGUGUGGCUGGGAGGGACAUGCAGAGGCCUCCACCGGAGUGCACAGGGCUACCUGGAGUGGAUCUCAGCUGCCUCAGGAUACCAUCAACGCAGGCUGUGGCUUGCGCUGCCGCCAUGGGUCAGGGAGGUGGUGUGGCUGGCGUUUCAUUCACCUUGUCCACCUCAUUGCCGUCAUUGCCAUGACCUCUGUCAGGAUAACGCUGCACUGGGUAGUAAACAGGCUGUAUGCAUUCACUGGCUUAUGCUCUCUUAAAUGCACCACCAGAAGAACAUGUUCUUGCGUAAUUUGUGAUGUUGAGUUGGCUUUGGAGUUGUUCUUCUGUUCAACAUGUCAUUUCAUGCCAUGGUAAAGCUGGCACUGCCAAUUCUGUAGCUCCAAGAGAUGACUAUUCUCACUGAUACAACAUUCUUCACCA